GAAGCAGGUUCAGCCAGCCAAUCAGGACCGACCAGCUCACCUCUGGUCCACAUAUAUCUCCGGUCGUCAUCACUGCUCUCUCUCUCACAUCUGCUUCUCUACCUGAAGCCAUUCACACAGGUUUGAAGUCGUCUCCUCAUCAUGUCAGACAGCAGCAGAACUGUGGAGGAUGUGAGGAGCCUUAUUCAGUCCAGAAAAGGCUUCAAUCCACAACAGAUGAUGAAGUUCUUUGACAACUGGGCAGAGACGUAUGAACAGGAUGUGAAGAUACUCAACUACAGGGAACCAAAUCUGGCGGUAGAUUUCCUGAACGCCAACUUCCCUGGGAGUCGUGAGGAGGCUCAGGUUCUAGAUGUCGCCUGUGGGUCUGGACUGGUCGCUAAACUGAUGGCUGAACUGGGCUUCAAGCACUUUGUUGGAGUGGACGGCAGUAAUACCAUGCUGGAACUAGCUGCAAAGACUGGCCUCUAUCAGGACCUCAAAUUGGCCAUACUGGGACCAGAACCACUGCCUACACAGACUGGUGCGUUUGAUGUUGUUAUCAUCGUCAGUGCUUUACGUGAUGGUUCUGUGCCAGUCAGCGCUGUCAGGCAGCUGUGCCAAGCCGCCAAACCAGGAGGUUACAUUUGCAUGACGAGAGUGGAUUCAGCGUCAGACCCUAAACAAACAUACAAGGUGUCUUUGGAGAAAGAGCUGCAGCUGAUGGAGGAGGAGGGACUGUGGACUCCAGUGGACACCAAAGAGAUGGACAAAUUCUACAUAGACCCUUUUAAUAACUAUGAAAACGAGCAGAGUGACCAAUAUGUCGGUGGGACCAUAUACCUGUACAUGAGGUCACUUAAUUAGUCACUCUACAUCUGUAUACAUUCCCUCACUAUCCAAUCUGUAUAUUCAACAGAAUGUCACUAAAUACACAAAAAAUCAUGAGGACAUUUUGAUCCUUGGUCUUUGAUCUGUGCUAUUAAGCCCCAAUCUACGAUACAAUACGAUACAUGAUACAAUAUACUUUAUUGUCCCCAUAGGGAAAUUUGUCUUUGACGUAAGUGCUGUGCACAUUGCCUGCUUCCACAACAAAUCAACAAACUAACAGGCCAUUUACAAUUUAGGAUAUUAAUUGAGAUAGGCACAAAGGAGUUUUUAAACUUGACUUUGCCUGGGUCCAGACCUGGAAAGUUCAGUUACAAUGAUAAACAUUCAGUCAUAAAAUACAAAAGGCUAAAUAGUUGUUAUUUAAUGUAUGUUUUUCAUGCAAUCAUGACAAUAAAUGUAUACAUGAAAAGAAAAACCCACAAUGUGUAUUGUAUUUCACCUUAUUUCUGUGUUUUCUCUCUGAAAAAUGUUGCUCAAUUCAUCUAAUUGUCAUAUCUGUCCCAUGACUUUGUCUAUCUGUAUCUGAACUAGAGUGUGGCUACCCUAUCCGAGCCCGACGGAGCCUGACGGGUUGGGCCGCGUUCGGUCAAAAAUGUAUAAAUUAUAUUCGGUCAGCUUUCAGUGAAAAUGUAGUGUAAAAAUAAAUAAAAUCCUAUUGUCUGUCCUGUU